AUGGAUCCUCGAAACAAGUGCUUCGUUCCUCACGACCUUCGGCCAAUUCUGGAGGCAUUAGCGCGUGAGGUUCUUCGUACUCAGCCGGCAGAUGUAGCUGAAUUUGGUCACAUGUUUUUUGACGAGUAUCUGAAGCAUCGCAGAGAGAACAGAAACAUCUUGAAGGACCCAGCUGCUUACGAGGUCUUCCGAGCAGAUCUCCAGAAAAAGUUCCUCGAAAUGGAGCGUCCAGCUAGUCCCAUGGACAGUGCUGCCACGAAAAUCCAAGCUGCAUUUAAGGGUCACUUGGUGCGCGCUCACCCUGAAAAGUACGGAAUGAGUGCCAGAACUACUUCGUCAGAAAAACUCGGUUCUGCUGACAAUAAGAAAGAUCAGAAGCGUCAUUCGGUUGGAGGUUAUUCUAUUGAGAUGGAUACUCCAGAAGAUAGAGCGGCCACUAAGAUUCAGUCUGAAAUCCGCGGAUUUCUGACUCGUAAACACGUCGACAAAAUGAAGAAGGAAGACACUGAGGCAGCCACCAAAAUUCAAGCCCACAUCCGUGGCUUUUUGACAAGGAAGCAUCUCGAUGAGCAGGGCUUGUCGCCAUCACGGAGCCGCUCUUCUCUUCAAUCGGACCACUCCGAAAACAACUGA